CCUGGUGCGCCGGUCAAAUAGGUCCGACUGGCAACCGGGGGGGGAUUCAACUUCGUAGUCAAAUUUCCAAUCCCAUAAAGAGGACUUUUAACAGGCCAUGAGCUCCGACCAGACAGCCUGCAGACGGACUGGCUGCAUCUCCGCUGCUGAUGCCUGUGUGGAGCCGAGAGCUGCAGAUGCGGUCUGGGUCCUGAACUAAAAACCAGAGGAACCAUGGACAACCCGGAGAGGUGUGCCUGUAAUGCUCAGGGGUGAGAAGGAGAGCAGCUGAGGAGGAGGAGAUGGGCUGCACCUCUACCAAGCAGGUGUCUGCGGUGCCCAACAGCGAAGAGGGCCAGAAUAAAGCCUACAGCAACGGGGACCUCCUCUCUGAUGAGUACAAGAUGAAAGGAGUGGAGAAAGUCAAGUACAUCAGCGGAGAAGAGGGAGGCAUGGACGGCCAGGACAGCACAGAGAAAAGUGCUCUCCUUGGCAAAGGUCAACACAUGGAUGAAACAGGGUCCAACGGAAAUGGAAAGAUUCUGAGCAUCCACUCCUCAGAGAGUCAGCAGGAAUUCUUCAGGAUGUUGGAUGAGAAAAUAGAAAAGGGCCAGGACUACUGCUCAGAGGAGGAAGAUAUGACAUAGCACUGUGGUCGAGUAUCCGUUGGCCUCGAUAUGAAAGAACUGUCAAUGCAGUGUUACGGACGGAUCGAACCAAGUGUUACCAUGCAGGAGGACUGUCCCUUGUAUGUAAACGCCUGAGAAAAAUGGAUUAAUGACUUGAAUCAAGCACCUUUUUGCCCUCCUGCUCACAAUAUAAGUUCCUGCUAAUAUAUCAACCAAGAAGGAAAAGACCACAAAAAUCAAAGAUGGUUUAAUAUUUAAAGUUCUUGAGGGUUUUUCUUCCUUAAUCAAGCCAUUACAGGAUGACUGAGUUCGGGAUUUUGAGGAACACUUGCUUUUCUUUCCAUCCUUUGAAUAAGUCCUGGAAGGUUCAAUAUACAUGGCUGUUACCGAGACUUCCUAUAAACAUUCAGACUGUUGCACAGAAACAUUUCCAACAACAGAAGCAACCUGCGCUCUCCUGGACACUCAAAGUGAAGAUAAUGUCUAUCUGCAUCAUUUUGAGUAUUUCAUUCUUGAAUGCCUCCCUGAAAACUCAACAUGUUGGACACUUCCUGCAUUCCAAGACACAGUAUGAACCUCUUUUCUACAGAACGUCGGCCAGUACAGUGUUUGUCUGUCCAUGUCUGUUUCUGCUAUGAAGUAGAGUAUUUAUGUUGAAUAAGGCUCAGGGUUGAAGUGUUGUAAUAUCUGUCUCAUGUAGUCAAGUCCCUCCUUCCAUUCAGACACUGUUGCACCAUUUAAACUCUAUCACACUCAUGCACUCACACAGCAGGGUCGCCGAUGUCCACUACUUCAGUAUCUGUCCUGUGUUAAACCUACAGGGUGGACACUGCUACGUCACAUAAUGAGUCUGAUUAUGUAUUACGCUAACCAGUGUUAUGUUGUUGUGUUCAGUUUCUAUGUUAAAUUUCUGGCUUUCUAGAAAAAAUAAAAAGCGUUUUCAGUAACUUAUUCACACAGCUGGCAAUAUUGUGUUACUGUAAAGAAGAGCCAACAGAACAACAUGCCAGAUGAAUCAUUUGGUAAGCAAUAUAUGUUACUCAUUGAAGCUCAACAAGUCGAGUAUUCAAAUGAAUACACCAUUGCUGCUUUAA